AUGGUUUCCGCGCUCUUCGGAAAAGGGCGCCUCUUCCUUGGAGCACAGUACUGCCCUCUGCUGGAGAACCGAAGUAAUACCUCUGCAAACGGGCCGGCGACUCGGCCUGAAGGCGCCCGCGGGUUCAUGCGGUGCGCUGGGCUAGGAUGCUGCGGCCGGUGCAUUGCGGAUCUGGGACACUUGACCGGGCCUCUGUCUACCAGCCGAAACCUCUGUUCUGUGUGCUCCUGGGUGGGAAUCAUUCAACCACGGAUUUACCACCAGAUGGAGGCAAAGGACCACAAUCAGCUGGCCUCUAAGGAGCUGGCGGCCUUGGGCCUGGAGAGUUGGGAGCAGAGAAGUCGCUGGGCCCUGCCCAGCAGACACGGCAGAGGUCGUCCCAAGCCCUGGCAACCUCCUGACAGCCCUGUCCUCAAAAGCAAAGAAAGCAGGAAAGCCCUGGUCGUGAAAUGGAGGUGA